AUGCUGCAGCAAGUUGAAGACACCUCGGACGUCAAGGCCAUCCUCAACUGCAACGAUUGCAACCUCUUCAAAGCUAAGCGCCUUGCUCUGGCUGGCUUCGAUCGCGACCGCACGCCCCGCAUGCCUGGUGAACUGGUCGCUUCUGACAUGUUUGGCCCGCUUCGCUCCCCUAAUAUCAAAGGAGCGAGGUACAUCAUUGCCUAUCGAGAUGUGGCGACGGGCUUUCUCUGGCUCGACCCUGUCUGUCGCAAGGACGAUCUGGCUGAGAGCUUUGCUCGCCUGAUUCGCGACUCGCCCAUCCCCAUUCGCAUUGAUGAAGCCGACAUGCAGAAGCGCACCAUCAUCCAGAGAUAA